UCUGUUAUGUUCUGGAGUCUGGGUUGACCUGCUGCUGCUCCCCCAGCAGGGUUUGUGCUGGGGAGAGACUUUAAUGACAGCCUCUCUGUGUCCAGCCCUGGGGGGGACUUUUCUGCUUUGGCUCUAGGGCAGUCAGGUAAUAGAGAAGGAUCUCCGGGAAGGCAUUGGGGAUGGGUAGGACAGGGACUCUGUAUACAUGGCCCUGGUUGCAGCCUUUGGGUUAAGGAAAAUAAAUGCAGGAGGGGCUGAAGCUAUGUUAAGAGCAGUGAAGCUUUUGCCCUCAGCUCCAGUUAGGAUCUGCCGAAGUAGAAAGUGGAAAUGCACAUGAAUAAGGGUGGGAAAAGGGGUCCUGGUGGGAUGUCCCUUAUGUCUGUGUGGGUGCAGAGUUGGCAGGGGGGCAAGGGUGAAAAAAUGCAGGAGAGGCAGUAUGAAAUAUGGAUUUCAUCCCUUCCUGCAGGCUACAAGAUAACACCCACAUUUUGCUCCAGAUCAUCCCAUGCUCUUGGGGGAGAAGAAAAGGCAAUGGCUGCUCCACAGUUCGUUCAGAUGCUGGUGACCUUUGAGGAGGUGGCUGUGUACUUUUCAGAGGUAGAGUGGACUCUACUGGACCCCAGUCAGAAAGCCCUCUACAGGAAUGUCAUGCAGGAGAACUAUGAGACUGUGACGUCACUAGGACUUCUGAUUUCCAAACCUGAUGUGGUGUCUCAGCUGGAGCAGGGGGAAGAUCCAUGGGUCUUGGAUCUCCAGGGCUCUGAGGAAAAGAAGCCCCUGAGCUGGACCCAUGCAGCAGGCAGUGGGAUGAGUGAGAACGAUGAGGACAGUCCCCAGGAGGAGGGUCCUUGGCAGGUGGAACCACAGAAGAGGUCACUGGGAAGACCCAGAGAGAGUGACUGUGCACGAGGAGAGGCCUCUAGGAGUGACCUUGGCACAGAGAGGCAAGUGGAAACCCUCAUGAGCAAGGAACAGGGUAAAUCAACCACCCACCAGAAUGGAGCCUCCAGUGAUCUACACAUGACUAAGAUGCAGCAGCUGGCAGAGGGGCAGAACGCGUGUCCAGACUGUGGAAAAAUCUUCAGUUGCAACUCGCACCUUGUCAGACAUCAGAGAACCCACACAGGAGAGAAGCCCUACAAAUGCCCUGACUGUGGGAAAAGCUUCAGACAGAGCUCCCAUGUGAUGAUACAUCAGAGAAUCCACACAGGAGUGAGACCCUACAAGUGUGAUGAGUGUGGGAAAGGCUUCCAUUGCAGUACGCACCUUGUCCGGCACCAGAGACUACACACAACGGAGAAACGUCGCAAUUUCCCUGCCUGGGCUUCUGUGAACAGCUUAUUUCCUGCACCUAUGAGUAUCCAGCUCCCUGUCUGUGGAGUUGGAGGGCAGCUGCAGGUGCCCCCGGGCUGCUCAGUAAAUCUCUGGCUCUGCCUCCUUUAGAAAACCCCAGGAAAGGCAGGAGACAUUGCAGUCCUCUCCACCUCGGCCUGGCUGCCAGACCGUUUCUACCUCUGCUGCUGGGAUGAGAAAGAAUGAACUUCUGUCUGGACUCAAAUACCUCUCCACUAACCAAGUCAUGUUCCUCCAUGGAGGAUGCUUGCACGAAACAUCCUUUUUCUAGCCAGCACACUCUCUCUGCCGCAUCAGCUGUGAUGUGGGUUGUGACUCUCUCUUGUCUGAAGCCAUUGAUUUAUAGAACAGGUUUCCCCUAGACCCGUGUUGCUUGACUUCUUGGUCCUAUGGGCCACAGGAGUGGUGUAAGGCAUGUCUGCAGGCUGGAUUGGGCCUUGGGGACCUGAUGCCAAGGUGAAAGAACUGGUUCCGAGAGAUUUCCUGUUUGCAGAUGAUGCAGCUUUGGUUGCUCACAGUGAAUCUUCCCUGCAAAAUCCUUUGGGCAGAUUUUCUGAAACAUGCAAGAGCUUCAGGAUAGCAAUUAAUCUCAAGAAGACUGUGGUCAUGUACCAAGGGGUGAAAGAACCAGUGCCUGACAUCAGGAUGAAUUUUUUGGUGCUGUUGACAGUUUUUGCUACUUGGGUUCUAUG